GCAAGUCGUCAAGGUGAUACCAUUUGCUACUCACUCAAUUGAACAGUAGAGGACGCAGUUGUGCACUCUUUGUGAUUUGCACUGGUCUCCUGUAUCACUUGCUAGCUGGGCACCCGGCUAGUCAACAUUUUUUUCUCCCAAUACUUUCAUCCAUGAUGGCGGAGGAUAGCGAAUCUGCAGCCAGCCAGCAGAGCUUGGAAUUAGAUGACCAGGACACAUGCGGGAUUGACGGAGACAAUGAGGAGGAAAAUGAACAUAUGCAAGGGAGCCCUGGGGGCGACCUGGGAGCCAAAAAGAAAAAGAAGAAACAGAAGAGAAAGAAAGAGAAACCCAGCUCAGGAGGAGCUAAAUCAGAUUCUGCGUCUGACUCACAAGAGAUCAAGCAGAACCCAGCCAUCCCCAUGCAGAAGCUGCAGGAUAUCCAGAGGGCCAUGGAGCUGUUGAGCACCUGCCAAGGCCCAGCCAAGAACAUUGACGAGGCCAGCAAGCACAAGUACCAGUUCUGGGACACACAACCUGUUCCUAAACUCAACAAAAAGAGAAUUAAGCAAGAUGAGGUGGUGACGACCCACGGGCCCAUCGAGCCAGACAAGGAGAACAUCCGGCAGGAGCCGUACUCCCUCCCGCAAGGCUUCAUGUGGGAUACACUGGACCUCAGCAAUAGCGAAGUGCUGAAGGAGUUAUAUACCUUGCUGAAUGAGAACUAUGUGGAGGACGAUGAUAACAUGUUCCGAUUUGACUACUCCCCUAACUUUUUGAAAUGGGCAUUGAGGCCCCCUGGUUGGCUCUCUCAGUGGCACUGCGGGGUGAGGGUCUCCUCCAAUAAAAAGCUGGUUGGUUUCAUCAGUGCCAUCCCCGCUGAUAUCCAUAUCUACGACACGUUAAAGAGGAUGGUGGAGAUCAAUUUUUUGUGUGUGCAUAAAAAGUUGCGCUCGAAGCGAGUAGCUCCAGUGCUGAUCCGUGAGAUCACACGACGGGUGAACCUGGAGGGAAUAUUCCAGGCCGUGUACACGGCUGGUGUUGUUUUGCCCAAACCCGUUUCCACCUGCAGAUACUGGCAUCGUUCUCUGAACCCCAGGAAGCUGGUGGAGGUGAAGUUCUCUCACCUUAGCAGAAACAUGACGUUACAGAGAACCAUGAAGCUCUACAGACUACCAGAUAGCACGCGCACGCCUGGUCUGAGGCGCAUGGUGGAGGCAGACGUGACUCAGGUGACCGCCCUUCUGCAGAAGCACCUGAGCCAGUUCCACCUGAGGCCAGUCAUGCAGGAGGAGGAGGUGACCCACUGGUUCUUACCGCAGGAGAAUAUUAUCGACACAUUCGUGGUGGAGAGUCCUGAUGGAGUUUUGACAGACUUCACCAGUUUCUACACCCUCCCCUCGACAGUGAUGCACCACCCCCAGCACAAGAGUCUCAAGGCAGCCUACUCUUUCUACAACGUCCACACACAGACUCCCCUCAUCGACCUGAUGAACGAUGCCCUCAUAUUGGCCAAACUGAAAGGCUUUGAUGUGUUCAAUGCUCUGGAUCUGAUGGAGAACAAGACUUUUCUGGAGAAGCUCAAGUUUGGCAUUGGAGACGGCAACCUGCAGUAUUAUCUCUUCAACUGGAAGUGCCCCCCAAUGGAGCCAGAGAAGGUCGGACUGGUUCUACAGUAAGACGACACCAUGAGGGCCCGUACCGCGUCUCCAUCUGACCUUGAGCCUGAGGGUAGUCCUCAGGAGGAAAACUUAAAUCAAAACAAAAAAGAUGACAAGAAACUCAGACCUGUCAAAGCCGAACGAUAAGACUUUAAGCUGCUCUUGCGAUCAUCACCUGAGGAUGCUCCUUCUCCUCCUCUUUAUCCUGAAUGUGAAUGGCACCAUCCAUGAAAAAGUGGCUCAUACGAAAACAAGAUAUCUCUCCAUCCUGACUAUACACAGUACCAACUUUUAACUCCUGUCAACUGUGCACAAACACACACACACCUUCCAUUCAACGUGUUUUCAUGCUUACUAUCAAAUAAUACAGUGGUCUACCUGCAUACACAAAUCAUAGGAGGGAGUUGUGUAUGACAUUGUUGAGAAAUGUUUUAUUUUGUUUGUAUGUUUGUUUCAUUAUUUUGUACAGUUAAGGUGCAUCUGUAUUUGACAAAAGCGAACAUUUAGAACUCUGUACAUUUACUGGCAGAUAUUUAUUAUCCGUUGUGUUCUGUGUGACGGGAGGGGAAAGGUUACAAUCCCAAAGUUAGUUUUUGUGAUGUUUUCUUUUCUCCAAGCAGAGCCUCUGUUGGUGCAGCUUAACUGUGAGUUUGCAUUGGGAAGAGGAACUUCUGGGGGGUGGAAGGGUAACAUAGGUAUUUUCAAGGAAGAAUGUAUUUUGCAUUUUUGAAGCACAACCUAAACAUAAAUGAACAGAAUGAUCUGUGGUGCAUUGUUUUUUUAUUUUGUUUUUUUAAUGUAAUUUUGCUGUGCAAGUUUGGAGUGUUUGAGUUGUGAGGAGACAAUAUUCUAGACCUGUUUAAAUUAUGGCUGCAUAAUUUAGCAGGGGAAGCUUGCAGGUAGAUUAUCCUCACCACAAACAAUAUUCCUGACAAUGCUGAUAGUAUUUUCUGUUUAAGUUAUAGUAUGUUUUAAUUAAGUUCCUGACAGUAUUUGUCUUUUUUAUUUUAAAAUAAAAGCAAGAACAAGGAAAAAA